AUGUCAACAUACGGAUCCUAUGGCCCCUCCAGACCUCAGACACAGAGAGCCGACGUCAACUACUUGCACGAUAUCUUCUACAAAGUCGACAAGGACCGCAGCGGACGUGUGGACGCAGUCGAGUUGCAGCAGUGCCUCUCCAAUGGCACCUGGAAGCCCUUCAAUCCUGAAACGGUGCGCAUGAUGAUGAAUAUCUUCGACCGCCGCCGCACGGGCACACUGAGCUUUGACGACUUCGUGUCGCUUUGGAACUACAUCAACGACUGGCUGCGGUGCUUCCAGGACUUUGACAAGGACCGCUCGGGUUCCAUCGACAGAAACGAGCUUCGCGACGCGCUCAGGAGCUUUGGAUAUCGUCUGAGCAACGAAGCGGUUGACCUGCUGCUCAUGAAAUACGACCGUGAUAGGAAAGGAGCUGUCAACUUCGAUGACUACAUCCUCUGUUGCGUUACCCUUGAGACGUUCACCAAUGCCUUCAGAAGUUACGACACCGACCAGGACGGCUACAUCACGAUAAGCUACGAAAAUUUUCUAAAGCUCGGACUGAGUGUUUUUAUGCCGUAA